GCCGAGCACAACACAGACACACCGCAUCUCAUCCGCUCCAAGGUCACCGAGCCGGCAGCCUGCACGGGACGCACACGCACCUUCACCCCCGCCAGUGAGUAUUCAGCGUUUGAGGUGAGCCAGCGAUGCCACCCCCGGCCACAAGUCCCCCCGCCGUGCCCCCACCAGACGGCGGUUGGGGGUGGGCUGUGGUGUUCGGAUCGUUCAUCUCCAUCGGCUUCUCGUACGCUUUCCCCAAGGCCAUCACGGUCUUCUUCAAAGAGAUCCAGGUCAUCUUCGGCGCCUCCUACAGCGAGAUCGCAUGGAUCUCCUCCAUCAUGCUUGCGGUCAUGUAUGCUGCAGGUCCCAUCAGCAGCAUACUGGUCAACACAUACGGCUGCAGGCCCAUCGUCAUGAUGGGGGGCUGCCUCUGCUCCACCGGCAUGAUCUUGUCUUCCUUCUGCACCAGCGUGGUGCAGCUUUACCUCUGCAUAGGAGUUAUCGGCGGACUUGGACUGGCCUUCAACCUGCAGCCAGCUCUGACUAUGAUAGGCAAAUACUUCUAUAAGAAGCGUCCCAUUGCUAAUGGGCUGGCGAUGGCAGGCAGUCCGGUGUUCCUCAGCACCCUGGCUCCUCUCAACCAGUACCUCUUCAAUAGGUACGGCUGGAGAGGCAGCUUCCUCAUCCUGGGUGGCCUGCUGCUGAACUGCUGUGUUGCUGGAUCCCUCAUGAGGCCUCUGGGACCACCACCUGGCAAGAUCAAGAAGGACGAAGAGUUAGCCAUCGCCACCACAACAAAAGAGAAGCGCACUGCCUGGCAAAUGGUCAACAAGUACCUGGACCUGACACUUUUCAAACAUCGGGGCUUUCUCAUUUACCUAUCAGGAAAUGUCAUCAUGUUCUUGGGAUUCUUUGCGCCCAUUGUCUUCCUUGCGGCCUACGCUAAGGACAUGGGGGUGGAUGAGUACUCGGCUGCCUUCCUGCUCUCAAUUCUGGCUUUUGUCGACAUGUUUGCCAGGCCGUCAAUGGGGCUAUUGGCCAACUCGCGCUGGGUCCGGCCAAGGAUCCAGUACUUCUUCAGCCUUGCUGUGCUGUACAAUGGGGUGUGUCACAUCCUCUGCCCACUGGUGGAAAGCUACACCGGUCUGGUGGUAUAUGCAGUUUUCUUUGGCUUUGCCUUUGGCAUGGUCAGCUCAGUGCUGUUUGAAACACUGAUGGACCUUGUUGGGGCUCAGAGGUUCUCCAGUGCUGUGGGACUGACCACCAUUGUGGAGUGUUGCCCAGUCCUCAUUGGUCCACCUCUAGCAGGGAAACUGGUUGACAUCACAAAAAACUACAAGUACAUGUAUUUUUGCUGUGGUGCUGUCGUGAUUUUGGCAAGUAUUUGGCUCUUCAUUGGAAACUUCAUUAACUACAGACUUUUGGAGCGUGAGCGCAAGUGUGCAGAGAUGUACAAAAGGACUGAGACAGAAGAUCCAGACCAAGUUCAGGAACAGAAGGAAGCUGAUGGGGAAGCCCAGGCGACGGAGGAGUUGGUUGACAAAUGUAAAAAAGAUGAGGAACCUAUGCAGCGGGAAACCAACAUCUAAAUCCUUCUGCCCUGCCAACAACUCACCCCACCUCUGUGGCAUCCUCACAACACCCUCCACUACGAUCAAACUGAGCUCCAAGCCAAGAGGUGCCUCUCAGUGUUCCACCAGGCUCUAUUAUGGGUCCUCUGCAUUUCUCUAAAACUGACUGCCAAAGCAACAGCUAUAUAGUAGGAAGCUGUGAGGUGUUAUGUCUUCAACAGAAAAAUUAACCAGAGAGAAAAAUGUGACAUACUAUAUGCAUGUGAACAGGCUAAAAGUCAGAAAAUAGGAUGGGAAAUGGAAAAUAGUGUCCUACUAACAUUUUCUUUUUAAACACUUUCACCGAGGUAUCACCUAAUUAUAGGAUUUACUGUAAAUACAAGACUGCAACUGAGGGAAAAGUAGAUUCACAACACAGUGGCAGUUUUAAUCAGGAUGUGGGAUUAUUGUGGGAGGUAUAUAGCAGUAUCCGAAAUUGUGUCAACUGAGAGCAAACACAUCCACUGAUGUUUGCGGAUAAUUAGAAAAUUAGUCAAAUUCACUGUCAGACAAUCAGCUUAGAUCAUUAGCAGUUUGUUUGUGGUUGAGUUUAGUUAUCUUCAUUUCAGCAACUUAAGAUAUUCCAAGCUGCAGCAACAAGCGUCAUUCCGUUCUUCCUACUGUGUCUUCCGAUAUGAUGUGAAUGCAGCGUCAGCGUGUUGUCACUGUUGCAACAGCACCAGCAAACUGAGUUUGUGUUGAAAACUUAAUCACACUGAAGUCUUGGUAAACGAGGCAAGAUUCAGUUAACAAGCGGAAGCUGUGAAAGGAUUUCUUGGUGGUAAGACCUUUCUGUAAGUGAAAGGUCACUGGUAUGAUGCUAACAACAGCCAGUGUCCAUCCUUGGUGAAGUUUCUACUCUGUCCGAGGAACCAAGUAAAAACUGUGUGUUGACACCACAAGUAACUUGGUGUAUGAGUUGCAUGUUCGACAGAUUUUGGGCACUACAUUCAGAUCAGACGCGCUACAAUCAGAGACGCUAAUUUGUUAGCAUAGAAAAGUAACCAGUAAGUUACCAUUGGCCAUAGUGAUGAAUCCAUUCAUUCUCCAGGCAUCGACUGAUUAAAAUGCCUCCUCUUGCUGUCUUUGACAUCACAGCUGGGGCAGUUUGAAAGGCGGGAAUCAACCGCUCCUAUUUUAUGCUAAUAUUCAUGAAAUCAUGUCAAAAGGGAAAUGCGGCAGCUGUUAAGCCUAAAAGCCUCAAGUUUGGCUGAUUUUUACUGGUUAGUCAGCUCUGUGGGACACAAAAACUCCCGAUGACUUGUUGAUUGUGUUGCUUGCGGUGUAAAACCAACAUUGGCAAUCCCAGUGCACUGGAAAUAGUUGAUCCAUCUGGUGACAUGUGUCAAGCAAGAACGCUAAAUCCUAAUUGCACUGUGUUUAAUAUGGCAAUUGGGUGCCCUAAAAUUCUUACUUCCAUAAAUACAGAGCAGAUGUGUUCACAGCUGGUGACGCUGGUGCUCGUGUAUUAUGCUGUAGCACUGUAAUGGUGUGUAAUAAAAGUUGCACAAAUGUCCCACUUUAAUACUUCUGAUCAAGUCGUAAAAGGCUUCUAUUAUAAGUCUUCUAUUGUUCCAUAUUGCACUCAUAUACAGUAUGCUGCACUACAAAGAAAAAUGGCCAACAUCUGUAUAAAUCUGCUGCAAUUCAAUGAAUUUAAUUAUGGUUGAAUGUAAUUUCCUCUGUGGGCCUUAAUACGGUAUUAAUGACCAAAAACCAUCUGCAUAAUAGUGGUUUUUCUACACAUAGAGCCCAUGAGCAAUAUAAUCUCUCAUAUUUGAACGCAGGUCGUACGAGGAAAUGUGUGUCUCGUUGUCAGUGUGACAGUCCAUUCUACGAUACAUUGCCUUAAAUGUAAUGUAAUGAAUGCAGGGGAGGACAGUGAAUACUUAAUAGUAUUAUAUGAAGCUGAUAAACCUUUGUGUUGAGUGUGACCCACUUUUUUUGCUGUAAUUUACUGUAAAACUCUCAAGAAACCACUUUAAUCCGCUCCAUUCCUCUCCUAACAUAUCUGUAUUGAAGUGUUAAAGCUAUGAGAUUAAGUCACGUCGUUCUGUAUAGUAUCUCAAACUAACUCACUAACAGCAUCAACGCGAGUAUGUUCAAAACAUCUCAAGGAACGCUGCUGGUACUAAUUAUUAAAUGCUAACCAAGUCUAGCAGUCGUAUCGCCACCAUGCAUACUGCCCGAACGUAUCCUGUAACAGUCUAAAUGUUGUACAUGUCAGUGUUGUUCGAUCUUCUCGUCCAUUCCAUGUUUUUGUGAACGUCGUCCUGCUGUGCUGUUGAUCGGUUUUCACCUCGAGCUUUGGUCUCGAGCGUCGACCAAAUGUCGUCCCGUCUCAGAUGUCCUAACAAAGCCAAACACAUUUUAAUAACAUGUGUCAUUUUUCAAAGCAGCCACGAACAAAGAACAGUGUUAUUGUCCUGUUUUUUCCCCUCCUGUGCUUUGAACAGCUGAAUGUGUAUUCAGAGUCAUGAAAAUGGAUGUCCAGCUGUGCAGCGGUGGCUCUCGACCGUGUCCCGUCUUCACCAAACACUGCUUUACUGUGAGCUGCUCUCUUCUUAUGGGGGAGCCGGGGGAAUGUGUUUGUCAGGGUGUCACCGGAACAUUGUUGUGCGUAGCUGCUCCGCCAUUUGUUGUAAAUGAGAUCGCUUUAAAAGAUUUGCACACUUCUGUUCUCUUUAACAAAAGCACUUCGCUUCUCUGAGCUUGCUUUUGGACCAUUUUGAGACGAGCUAUUCCAGCGUUGACUCUCAUCUGUUAGCCAUUCAGAUUCAGUCUCCCAUAAUGCACUUAGUUCACCAGCAUCUCAUGCCGAUGUUAGACAGGCUUUUUAUAUCGCCGUGUCAGCACCUUCUCUACAGCUUUGAUUAAGGAAUAACAUGAACACCUUCUGAAUGUUAACUUAUCCUGCUUGCACUUAAUUAAUGAAGAGAGGGACUACUUUCCCUCACUGACAUCAGAUGUCUCUAUGCUCACUGUACAUGAUGACUCUCAAUGAGAGAGUCUGACUGCUGUACAAUCACUUUCUACCAAAUAACACUGCCCCCUACUGGUUUCAAGCCACCUAGACCAGGAGGUAAAGACAGCCAAGCUUCUCCUUCAACAGGAGAGCACACUCACUGUUUUCAGUGGCAAGGUUUCAGUUUCAUGGGAAUGUCGCCACUUUUUCUUGUUUUUUGGUGGAGGUUUUGUCAGAAUGAAUAUGCUUUUUUUGUAUUUAUAUGUUCGAGUAUCUAAAUAGAAGAAAACGCAACCUUGUAACGGUUUGAUGGACCCAAAGGGAAUACCACUGAAUUUCCUUUUUUUCCCCCCGUCCAUGUAGAGUUUCAGAUUUAUGCUGCAUGUUCUUUAUAAAGAGUAAAAAGAGCGGGUUGUUCCUCUCGUAGAUGGAGCACAAAUAACAGCAGCAGUGCAGGAAGCGCUGCAGAGCAUGAUAAGAAAGAAUCAAAAAUAUGAUCUAUCUGUAUCUAUUUUCUUAGUUUCUCUAACUGUCGUGUGAAAUAUUUGAUAGUUGUAUCCAUUGAGGCCCCCCAAAAAAUAUUCACAUUUAAAGAUGUGAGGAAGAGAAAUAACGAGCUUCAUGUGUGAUGUCUGUGAUAAGGGCACACAAGUCGAUAUUGUUUCAUUUAACAUGGUUCUCUGCAAAAAGGGAUGUGAGUCACAACAUAAAGCAAACAACACAGGCUUGAAAUGUUCUGGUGUUCUCCUUACUGUACUGCAAAACCAUUGUUGUUCAAAUUUAAGCAAUACUUUUCUAUGUAUUUUGGUGACUAACGUUUAUUCUAAGGAAAUAAGUUAUAAUUAUUUAACCCAAAUAGAGAUAAUUUUAAUUUAAUAAUUGCACCGAUAGCCUUAUCAAUGAUAUUUUGUUUAGCAUCUCAUGUAUUUUGUGUUUCUUUCUUUUCAUGUGUUCUUUAUCCUUAGAGACAUUAGAGAGAUUAUUAGAGAUUUAUUUUGAUGUUUGCUUAAGACCAAAUUUAGCAGAGAGGCUCAAUGAAUAUUAAAUCACCUGACUUGUGUUAUUUCUGUAAGCGCACAUAACUGUUGUUCACUUUAGUCAAUGAGCUCGCUGAAAACUGUUUUAUUAACUACUGUAUAGCUUUUUUUCUCUGAUGUGUGGAAUCAACAUGCAGAAUGUGAAGGCUUUAAAGUUUAUGAGAGACUGAAAGCGAUGUCCCGUAGAUUCCUUUCAGAUUGCAGGCAGUUGUCAAGUACAUCCAGUUUAAGUCAUGAAGCAGAAUUUGGUGAGUAAAUAAUUGCAAGACAGUCAAGAAACCUUUUUUGUAGCCGCAGAGUGAAACUCAGUGGAAGUGUGGCACCCAGCCACGAGCCAAAUGAAUAUUAAUUAUGUGUUCUGAGAUUUUGUUUUGACUCUGAAUUAUGUGCUCAGGACCUGAAUGUACUUUCAUGAAGUUGUUUUUAUUUCUCGCAGAUUUUUUUGGAAGAUUAAAUUUUCACAUUCAAAACUCCAUUUAGAAAAGCUUGAUUUUUAAAUGAGUAAAUCGCUGCCCACUGAGCCAAUGGGUUUCUGCCUCUAUUCAGUGUUUUAUAACUUCACAGAAUUCCAAUCAGCAGAACUAAAUCUUGCUACUUCUUGACCAAACUUCCAUUUUUGGUUGUUUUUUUGUUUUGUUUUUUUUUUGGUUUCAUGUUGAUUGGGUUGGAAGAUCAGCAUGUGCUGAUGUUGACUGGAUACAAGGUGGUUUGCUACUGGAAGGCUGAAGGACUCUGGCUGUUACGCUAACUGUGCCUUAUUGUGCUAUACGGAUGAUUAUAAAUGGCUUUUUGUGAACACAGUAAAAAUGUUAUUGUGCUGCUCUAAUCUUUAGGACAUUUCAGUUCAAUUCCUGUCUUUGUUCCCACCAUUUGUAUGUUUACAAAUCAUUGCAAUCUGUCCUUUUUGUUAAAAAAAUGUAGCUGUUCGUCCAAAAUUCCUUCUUUUCUGCAUCUGACACCAUAUCAACAAAUGAACAAGGAAGCUGGAACACCAGAUGUAGUCUAAAUGCUUUGAAAUGAUUUUGUCUUUGUCAGUAUUGGCUGCAUAUUGUGUUUUAGGGGAUCUGCAGCGAAGGUAAUAUUUCUGUGUCGAACACAUUUGAGGACAGCUGUGUUGACAUGUUGGGACCUCAGCGCUGUAGUUUGUCUCAGCGGUGAACUCAGUCCUUCAUGUCCUUCCAGUAGCAGACGCACCGUGUGCGUUCUCAUCAGGGUAACUCCACUGUAUGGCAUCAAACCGCUUCUCAGUCUUUUCACUACCUCUGCAGCCGUGGAGUCAGAGUGAGGAAAAGCACCACACGGGUAUAGAAAACUGAUUUAUGUUUUGUAAUUCUAAUAGAGUGUUAUCACCUCUCACAGCCGCAAAAUAAAGUAUGUAUCC